AUGCGGUUCGGCUUGGAAUACGUUGGGCCAAUCCUCUCCACCGAAAGUGUUGAUCGUCACGACGACGCUAAGCCCUACCUCGAGCCGUGCUUGUUCGCGGACGAGGGGGCAGAAGGUGGAGGAGAUGACCCAGGGGCGGAUGGGGGUGGAGGUUAAAGUUAAGAUAGAGACGGGGAUGUUAUUCGUCUCCGAGCGAUGGUCCUGAUGACCACGCUGGCUACAAAGCCUUGCCGGACACUUACACCGUGUUGACAAGGUGUGUCAUGUGUCUUGUCCUUUCCAAUAAUCGUGCUGCCGCUCUUCUGCCUCUUUUUUUCUGCUUGCGAUGAUGUUGGAUGCUUGUCGUGCAUCCGUUAUGCCCGCGGCUCCCUAUAAUGUACACCCUUCCUCAUCCCAGCGUGUCCGUUGGCGAUACUUGAUGGUCGAAUGUACCUCGCCUCCCUUAUUUUUGUUCUGCGGGGGUGCGUAGCUUAUCCUCGUCUCUGACGUAUUCUACGACCUGCGGUAAUGCUGUCGGUUUGU